GUUAUCAACACACAGUGUGUUACUGCACAAAUACCCGGCAGCGAACACGCGCUCGAAUCUUAACCAUAAAAAUUCUUACAUUAAAAACGCGAUCAAAGAUCGUGGCAGGCGUGACGUCACCGCGCGUUUGUCUGGUCAACAGCUCAGCUGUUGUGGGUCGACCGCGGGAAAAUCUUCCACGUAAACGCGUCGCUCCAGUUCCAGGGAGGGACCGGUGGGGUCGUUGCGAUUCUAUUCCCUAAAAUAUAACUUUGCGUUCGUUUUUCGGAUAGAACCCUGGACGCGUUGGCUUGAAUAAAUCUAGGACGGGAGGAAGAGAAAAUGGAGUUGGAUGACGGAGUUGUGUACCAGGACGACCCGGGGACAUCGGCGAUGAUGUCGGAGAGGGUCUCGGGCCUGGCCAACUCAAUCUACCGCGAAUUCGAGAGACUCAUCCACAAAUACGACGAGGACGUGGUGAAGGAGCUCAUGCCGCUGGUCGUGGCGGUCCUGGAGAACCUCGACACGGUGUUCGCGGAGAACCAGGAGCACGAAGUGGAGCUGGAGCUCCUGAAAGAGGACAACGAGCAGCUGAUCACUCAAUAUGAACGUGAGAAAGCACUGAGGAAACACGCCGAGGAGAGGUUCAUUGAAUUCGAGGACUCUCAGGAACAGGAGAAGAAAGAUUUGCAGAAUCAUCUGGAAAGCCUGGGAUCACAUUCCCGACAGCUGGAGCUGAAGAUCAAGAAUUAUGCUGAUCAGAUAAGUCGAUUAGAGGAGCGUGAAGCGGAUCUUAAGCGAGAAUAUAACUCCCUUCAUUUGCGACACACAGAGAUGAUUCAUAACUACAUGGAACACGUGGAACGGAUCAGACUGCAGCAGACUGGAGAGAUGUCUGACACAGGAACACUGGGCAGAGUUCGGAAAGAGCGCCCCCUGUCUUUGGGUAUCUUUCCCAUGUCUGGCGGAGGCACUUCACUGACGACCGAUGUCCAGGGCAGAACAGAGAUUCCUGGGAUAGAGGGGUGGAGAUUCAAUCAUCUCAAUCAACAACGCUCCAAUACCAGUCUCAAGCAGUUGGAGGCGGAUGACACUCAAAACAAAGGAGAGGGUAAGGAUGUUCUGGAAGCUUGGGAAUCGCUGGCAAUCGACUGCAAGGACGAGCUGUCUGAUCACAGCCAGGGAGGGUCAAAAUCUGUUACGCCCAUGUCCACCACGGCCUCUGACCUGGCCCUGGACUCCCAGCGAGAGGAUGGUGAUGGGUUGUGGAAGAAUACAGAGGUUCAGGCAGUUCCUGGUACUCGGUCAGUCUCUGCAGGUCUGGCUGAUACAGAAGAGAAGUCAGAUGUUCAGGCUAUUAUUGAAUCCACCCCAGAACUGGGCAUGGACCUCAGUGGAUACAAAGGGUCAAGCACUCCGACCCGAGGCAUUGAAAACAAGGCAUUUGAUCGGAACACAGAAUCUCUGUUUGAAGAGGUAUCGUCUGCAGGCACAGGUUUGAUCGGAGACGUGGAUGAAGGAGCGGAUCUGUUGGUGGAGUACUCUGGCAUGGGUCGAGAAGUGGAGAACCUAAUUCAGGAAAACGUGAAAUUGUUAGAGACGAAAAAUGCUUUGAACGUGGUGACGAACGACCUGAUCGCCCGUGUGGAUGAGCUCUCCUGUGAGAAGGAGGUCCUGCAGGGGGAACUUGAUGCCGUUCUGCAGGCCAAAGCCAAACUAGAGGAGAGGAACAAAGAGUUUGAGGAGGAACUCAAAAAAGUGAAAGCAGAGACAGAAGAAGCCAAACAGAAUAAUAACAAUAAAGAAGAUGAUGAGAGCGACGUACCUACAGCUCAGAGGAGAAGAUUCACACGGGUGGAGAUGGCUCGGGUCCUGAUGGAGCGCAACCAGUACAAGGAGAGACUGAUGGAGCUGCAGGAGGCCGUGAGAUGGACGGAAAUGAUCCGAGCUUCAAGGGAGAACUCUGAAGUAGCAGAGAAGAAGAGGUCCAGCAUCAGGCAGUUCUUCAGUCGCCUCUUCAGUUCGUCCAGUUCCUCCACGACCACCAACACGACUAGGGCUCUGCCGGCCAACGUGAAGUACAACCCGCCCAGUAUUAUGAAGAAAAGCAACACUUUCUCCCAGUUCCCCAGAGAAAAGUCCAAAGCAUUUGACUUCCUGAAAGAAGAUAUGGACUCGUCUGGUCCUCUGUCCCGUCGGGAGCAGAAGCGAGUUCAGUACCAGCAUGUAAAAGCUCACAUGCAGAAGGAAGAUGGACGGGUGACGGCACAUGGCUGGAGUUUGCCUGGCAAAUACAAGGUUGCCAAUGGUGGUCAUGCAGAGAGCAAGAUGAAUUUGCCUGUGCCGGUGUGUCUAAAGCCUUUGGAACAAAAAGAUGCUUCUAUGAAGUUGUUGUGUGCAGCUGGAGUGAACGUCUCAGGUGGACGGCUGUGUGAUGGAGGCUCUGGUGCUUCUGGUGAGAUGUCUGCGAUUGAGACCGAGACCUCCAAACAGAGGAAAGGAUCUCAGAGCAGCCUGGAUCAGACAGAACAGCAGCAAAAAGAGCAGGAUCGGGAGCAAGUGGAGAUGUCCAGUCGGGUUUGGAUCUGUACGAGUGCUCACUCCUCCACUAAAGUGAUGAUCAUGGAUGUGACGCAGCCCUCUGACCUGAUCGAUAGUUUUUACGUCUGUAACUCGUGUGUGCUGUGUAUCGCCAGUGUACCAGGUGUCCUGGAGACAGAUUAUCCCGCAGGGGAAGAGAUUCCUCAGGACCUGGAGGCGGGGCCAGAUAUCUUAUUAGCCAGUAGCAGCUCUCAGGGUAGCGAGGGCGUGUUGAGUGACGUAUCAGCGGUUGGCUGCAGUGCUGAGGAGUCCAGCGCAGGAUCUCAUACGGGCAGCUUGGCGGCCAAUGAUCAGUCAGCCGAACACAGUCCCAUCAAAGGCAGUGUAGAUCUUUCCAGAGCUUCCAGCGAAGAUGGCGUUCCUGCAGCGGAGGAAGCCAUGGAAGCCACUGAAGAAGACCAGGAGAGCCCGGGUCAGGACAACAGUCAGCCGGGAAUCUACACAGAGCACGUCUUCACAGAUCCACUGGGAACUGAAUCGUCUGGAGGCUCCACAAGCGCUGAUAACCAGAGAGAAUCGGAUCAGGAAAGGGGUGAAGCGGCAUCUGCAGGCGGACAGACAGGUCUGGCAUCGGAGGAGACCCAACGGAUGAGCAGCGCUCUGCCCACCAUGUGGAUGGGAGCUCAGAAUGGCUGUUUGUACGUGCACUCGUCUGUUGCUCGCUGGAGGAAAUGUCUUCAUGCUGUUAAACUGAAGGAUUCCAUCUUAAAUAUAGUACAUGUGAAAGGUCGUGUUUUGGUGGCUUUAGCUGAUGGGACGCUGGCCGCCUUCCAUAGAGGUCCUGACAGCCAAUGGGAUUUAACCAACUAUCACCUGUUAGACCUCGGCCGGCCGCAUCACUCGAUACGCUGCAUGACUGUGGUGCAUGAUAAAGUUUGGUGCGGCUACAGAAACAAGAUUUAUGUGAUUCAGCCCAGAGCUAUGAAAAUAGAGAGAUCUUUCGACGCUCACCCUCGUAAGGAGAGUCAGGUGCGGCAGCUGGCUUGGGUCGGUGAUGGUAUUUGGGUGUCUAUCCGGCUUGACUCCACCCUUCGCCUAUUUCACGCCCAUACCUUUCAACAUCUCCAGGAUGUUGACAUUGAGCCCUAUGUCAGCAAAAUGUUGGGUACAGGAAAACUUGGCUUCUCCUUCGUGAGGAUCACGGCUCUGAUGGUUUCGUGUAACCGGCUGUGGGUUGGAACAGGAAAUGGUGUCAUCAUCUCUAUUCCACUAUCAGACUCUGAAGGUCAAUGCGGAUUUCUAGGUCAGAGGGCAUCUCAAAAAACCGUGGGGGCGAUUGCUUGUCGUCCAGGUGGGGCGGUUCGCGUGUACGGUGAUGAAACCGUGGCUGCCGCAGUGACGGGAUCAUAUGUACCGUACUGCUCCAUGGCACACGCUCAGCUAUGUUUCCACGGCCACAGAGACGCUGUUAAAUUCUUCGCAACAGUUCCAGGUCAAGUUAUUGUACCAGGAUCUGAAGGUGUUCAUGAAAACUCUGCAGAAAGUCCAGAUGGCAAGAAAAUGCUGAUCAUGAGCGGAGGAGAGGGAUACAUCGAUUUCAGAAUCGGGGAUGAUGAUGGUGGUUUGGGGCGAGAUGAAGAUGAUGACUCUAUUGAACCCACUUUAAAACUUCAAUCUGCUCCUGCCAAACCCGAGCGCAGUUAUGUCAUAGUUUGGCAGGUUGCAUUAGGCAGCGAGUGACUGACCAAUCACAGCAGAGCUCUCUGCACUUAGAACAACGCCACAUGGGCUUAUUAUUUUACGAAACACUUUACUUAGUAUUAUUACUAUUACAGACACUAUUAACAGUAUUAUUUUCAAUACAUACAUUAAAUUUAGUUAUUUAAUAUUUGUGUUUAAAUGUUUAUUUAAUCGUUCAUGUGAACAGAAAUAAGUAUUGAAAUGAAGGAAAAAAACAACUUGUCACACAAAUAAUUCCAGUUUGUGUGUUAAAAGGUCUUAAAAAUCACGUGAAAGCGAACAGUAAAGCGUGCAAACAGUUUACAGCUUGGCCAAGUAUAUCAUUAAUUUAUAGAAAUGUGUUUUUUUUUUGUGGAGCGAUGAAGUGUGUUUGUGCACUACAGCGGUGGUAGCACUGUGUAGUUUAUGUAUAUAGAAACCCAGAGAGCUAUUUUUGCUAUCUGUACGGUGUAGAUCUUGUGCUGGUCAGCAUAAUUUCUCGCAUGCACACAAGUCCUGUAUCAUUCCUACAUGGAGUCCUGGAGCUCUCCAUCGGGCUUUCCUUAAGCUAGAGCUCGCUGGCACUUUAAAAACCUUUACCAACAUACUGUAGACAGACUUCACAACAAACAGCAGAUAUGAUGUGUUCAUUUCAACUGAGAUUGUAUGCCCUUUUACCAAAGGAUGAAACAAAUAGAAACUAAACAGCCGAGCUGUACUGUAUAUUUCACAUUGCUGAGGGUUUUGAUGUUACAGUUAUACUGUUAAACGAAGAAAUGAUGGACUAAAUAAUAUUAAUAAAAAUGACAGGGAUUGUAUAAUAAAUUAUUUCUAUAUUCUUUCUGUUAAAUAUUUGUUUUGCUUCAGCAUUCCAGUUAAUGUCAGUUUUGUCUGUAUUGUAUGUAUGUGAUUUUAAUUUUAGUUGAUUCUCAAUAGUUUACUAGAGAUUUCCUCUUAUUUUGUAUCUGUUCUGUGAGACACUUUUAUCUGUACCUUGAUAUCAAAUGCAACAUUUGAAUUUUUAUUAGUAGACAGGGGAUUAUUUUUUUUAUUCUGACACAUUAAAGGGAAUUUUAUAUGGUUGUUACCAUUCCAGUAUUUAUUUUAAAAUGAAAAU